CCUGCAUUGCCCAAAUAAAACGGAAUCGUAUAGAAAGAGUGUAAUGCCAGCUGCAGGAGAGAGAGGAUGACUCAAGUACUGCACCACACCACUAACAGUCCUGCUGGAGCAUACGACAUACGGCAUAUCUAACUCCAGACAUAUACAGUUUUCUUUAAGAGAUAAUGCUCGUCGUACACCCCCUGUCCUUGGGGACAGUAACUUGUUUGGUUCUAGCCUUUGCCCUCUUUGCGACCUCCCUUCCAACCAAUGUUGAGAAAGGAAGGAGGAAAGUUGUUCAUGUACUCGAGGAUGACACGGGGGCAGUAAUUGUUCAGACUGCCCCUGGUAAAGUGGUCACCCACCGUGGAGGCUCCAUCACCCUGCCCUGCCGCUACCACCACGAACCAGAGGGCUCCGACCCUAACCGCAUCCGAAUUAAGUGGACCAAGGUGACAGACGCACUGGUGUUUGAGGACGUGUUUGUGGCCCUGGGCCUCCAGCAGAGGGUGUUCGGGUCGUACCAGGGCCGUGUAUCCCUGGAGCAGAAUGGACCGGGGGAUGCAUCAGUCAUUAUCCACAACAUCACCCUGGAGGACUAUGGCCGCUAUGAGUGUGAGGUCACCAAUGACAUGGAGGAUGACACAGGGUUCGUCAACCUGGAUCUAGAAGGUGUGGUUUUCCCCUACUACCCCCGGGUGGGGCGCUACAAGCUCAACUAUCAACAGGCUGAGGAUGUGUGUAAGGAGCAGGACGCCAUCCUGGCCUCCCAUGCCCAGCUCCACAAAGCCUGGCUGGAGGGACUGGACUGGUGCAACGCAGGCUGGCUGGAAGACGGAUCCGUUCAGUACCCCAUCUCCCAUCCUCGUGACCAGUGUGGCCGCAAGGACACCCCUGCGGGGGUCCGCAAUUACGGCUACAGGCACAAAGAGGAUGAGCGCUAUGACGCCUUCUGUUUCACGUCCAACCUCAAUGGUAAGGUGUAUUUCCUGAAGCGGUUUAAGAAGGUGAACUAUGCCGAGGCGGUAAAGGCCUGCGUGCGUGACGGCUCAGUGGUGGCCAAGGUGGGUCAACUCUAUGCUGCCUGGAAAAUCCAGCUGCUGGACCGCUGUGAGGCUGGCUGGCUGGAAGAUGGGAGCAUACGCUACCCUAUUGUCAACCCACGCACACGCUGUGGAGGGCCUCAACCCGGUGUCCGCCACCUGGGCUUUCCUGACUUGAAGUUCCGCAUCUACGGUGUCUAUUGUUUCCGCAGCAAUGAAGAGAAUGUCAAUGGUGUGGUUGGGAAGCCGACACGGCGCCCAGGGAAGAACAGCAAGGAUAUCCAGAUGAACACUACUACUACCAAAACCCUAUAGAGGGAGAGAGGAUUGCUAAAAUCCCUGCUGCCACAACAUGGCUAUAUUCAUUACUUUAACUAUAUCCAUUACUUUAACAACAUGGCUGACAGGACAUUGUUCAAUUAGAGACAUAAUGUUUAUCUCUAUCAGUUCCAUAUUUGGUGUGUCAGUAAUGUUGAGAAUAUUACCACUGUGUCGCAGAUUGGCUUAGCUAGUCACUGCAGCUGAUCAUAGGCUUUCAGGCACAUUAGGAUUAGAAAGUGUUUUAUUAACGUUACUCUCUGCUAGAGUCUGAAGAAGCCACAGGCUAGAUGGGGCCUCAGACUUCACAGUGUGUUUGGGUUCUCCAUGUGGCUUCAUUCUCUGAAGGAAAGGUCCUUUGCGAUAGGCACUCAACUUCAAGCAUUGCCAGUUGGAGUUGGCCGCAGACACGGACAGACAGAAUGAGAGACACAACGACAGACAACUACAGCUACUAUUCAUUAUGUCUGUCUGAGUGUAAAGAUUGCUGCACAUUGAGACAGACUCUCAGAGGAUGAUGACGAGCUUUAGGGCAGACUCCUCAUGCUGGAUCUAUCUAUUUUUGUUGCUAGGGGCCAGCAUGAUGCCUAAGUUUUGCCUUUCGGGUUUUACUGCACCCCAGUCGCCUGCAUUUAGCCAGAUGUCAUGUUCUGGUAGAGACAUGUUAAGGAAUGAAUAGUUUUCCCUAAGUCAGUAAAUAAGUGCUCGCAAUCAUACCAGAGCUUAGUAUAGUAAAGAAUAUUGCUGUUGCGAUAAGGUCACUUUAUGACCACAUGCUUAGUAAGCAUGUUUAACUGGGAGCUGAUUUUAGUAACUGGGACUGAACCAACUUAACUAUGCUAAAGAUGCUUCAAUUGCUGCUUGAUUACCUCAUGUAUUGAUUGAUUGCACUAUUUGUUGAAUUGUGAAAUAGCACAGUUUUAGCUGUAUUGGUUGUUAUCUUGAUGUGGACCCCAGGAAGAGUGGCUUCCGCAAAUGACAGCAGCUAACGGGAAUCCUAACAAAAAUAUUAAAAUAUAAUCUAUGGACGCAUCCAUUUUUAGGGCUGUAUUUUUGUGCUACGAUACACAAGCAACAAAUGAGAUCUUGAAAAUGUUGUUGAUUAAAACGUUUUCAUUCUGUGA